AAGUGCCCGGCGCGCGCCUCCUGCGGCCGCACUUUCACUCUCCGCUGCAGUGUCCCCAGUGUGUCAGGCCUCCGUCCGCUCGCCGCCUACUCCUGCCAUGGGUGUCAAGGUCCUCGCCGUGCUGGCCCUCGUGCUGACCGCGCUCUGCCUCAGCGAUGAGAAACCGGUCAGCCUGAGCUACAGAUGCCCUUGCCGAUUCUUUGAGAGCCACGUUGCCAGAGCCAACAUCAAGCAUCUCAAGAUCCUCAACACUCCGAACUGUGCCCUUCAGAUCGUGGCACGGCUGAAGAGCAACAAUAGACAAGUGUGCAUUGACCCAAAAUUGAAGUGGAUUCAGGAAUACCUGGAGAAAGCUUUAAACAAGGGGCGCAGAGAAGAAAAAGUGGGGAAAAAAGAAAAGAUAGGAAAAAAGAAGCGACAGAAGAAGAGAAAGGCUGCUCAGAAAAGGAAAAACUAGUUAUCUGCCACCUCGAGAUGGACCACAGUGCACUCUGCUCUUGUCUCUCCCGGCGCUUUGUAAAUUUGCUCUAACCCUCCUCCAGGGCAGAACCCCCCCUGCCCCCGGGGCGGGCUUGCAGACUUCACGGGGGAGCAGUGCUUUGCCUCUCCUGGGGCCACACUGGCUCCUGUGUCUAUGUGGUUUUCAGGGCCCUUUCUGAUCUGCUAAUUAAGAAAGUAGUUGUGCAGAGAUUGGGGUUGAGGUGUUUGACAUGGAGCUUGUGUGCUCAGGACUCUAUCCAGAACAGCCUGGGGCUCCAGAAUAGCCUGGGGAUCCAUCUAAUGUGGUCCAGGUCUCUUUGCAGCAUCACCCUGGGCUGCUGAGCCUCUCACCCUGCCCUUCCCUCCCUUUCUGGGAAGGCCCGUGACCACAAAGAGCUCAUACAGCUCCACACACUUAGAAUCUGCACUCCCAUCUGAGGUGAGUGUGUGGCUGCCAGGCCUAUGCACCGAGCAGUCUGCUAGCCCAGGGGCAGGAGUCUCAGCCAAUCUCAGGGGCAUGUCCUUCUACCCUCUCAUUUGCCACUGCCAGUGCUGCCCAGCACUGCCUUUUGCAGGGCAGGGCUGGCUGUGGCCAUGCCCUUUGCAGGUGAUAACUGACACCUUUCCCCAAGUGCCUGUUGCCUGGCCCUCCACCACUCUGCCUCCCAUGCUAGGACUUCUCCAGCCAUCCCCUCCCCAGGCCUGAGGGCUGUGUGAGCAGCUCCACCUCUGAGCACAGGUGGGCUUCUGCAGACCACAUGGGGGGAGCAGGUGGCAGCUCUGCAUUCCCAGAGAGCGGCCGUGGAAAUGCUUCUCAGGGAACCUCUCUGCAGGGCAAUUCACUUUGUAGAUUCUUUAAAUGGUCCUAGGGGUCUCUGAUGCAGAGAUGCUGUGUGAAGGGCCUGCAGCUCUGGGGACUCAGCCUGUCCCCACCCCCCUUCUGCCUGACGCAGUGUGAUUAGCUUCUGGGACACAGCUGCCUCAGCCCUCACAGCCCCCCAACACACAUACAUACACAGAUUUACGGCUGAGAGUACUUGCCAAGCAUCUCUAAUUUGGACAGGAAGGAGGGGGACCAUGUGGGAGAGCAAGGCCCUGAUUUCAGUGGUGCUUUGAAAAGGGACACCUCGAAUAACUACUCUUCUUCCCCUCCCCUGUCACACAUGGACACACACACUCACCUGCACCUCAGACCCCCUGAUGUUAUAAUUUCAGUACAUGGAUCUAGAAAGAUGACAUGGGUGGAGGAUGGAGCAGAUGGAUUUCAGGAGAAGAAAUCGCAGAGUCCUUGCCUGGGUCACGGAUCUCUGUGUCCUCCUCAUGCUUUAAUACACUCCUCUGUAAUCACAGCCUAGGGAAUUGGAGAAGUGCCCCCCUAGGCCACUGUAGCCAAAGACUUUCUACGUCCCAUUGUCAUCCCCUUUAUCUGCCUAACUCCCCAGGCCUGUGCCCCUCCCACCAGCCCAGGGAUGGCAGCCUGCUCCCAGGUGCCUGGCUGCCCACCUACCUCAUCCUGCCCUUGGUGCCUCUGAAGGCCUCUAGCUGGUUGCUGGGCUGCCUAGGGCUUCAUUCCUUUCUGUGGAAGCCAACAGCCUCUCUGGUCUGCGGGACCAUGGCCGGGUAGCACUAUUCUUACAAAAGCACCUGCAGAGGAUCAGGCCUGUGGCCCCGAGCUCCCUGUCUCUUCUGCACUGAAGGAAUAGUACAGCUCUGUGCCAAAGAGGGUGACAGAUCUGUGCUGGAAGAGCUAUUUGCCCUGUAACAACCGUGGGUCAAGCUAUUGCUUCCCUGAGGUGACAAACUGCUUUCUGCACUGCUCAGGGAGGCAGCAUCACCCCCACUCUCCAUCCUGGCAGAGCGCAGGCUGCUGUGGGGACUCAAGAGAGUUGGCCUCACGUUAAGAAACAUAGGCAAGGCCCUGUUUGUCUUUACAUGACUCCAUUGGCCCUGGGGCCUCACUGUAUCUGACUAGCAGGCACAGCCUCAGCCCUGCUGAAGACAAGGUCACCGUGGAAGAGCUGGAGAGCGGGACUGAAGUUCGGUUGUGAGUUGAAAAUAACUAAACAGCGUUCACGUGCCUGCUGAGGUGCCCAUGCGUGGUCCCAGUGCUGCCCUUCCAGGGUGCCCAACUCCGGGACCACUGUGCACGCCACCCACAAGUCCCGGGGCUGGGCCCAUGUGAGUCCUGGCCUCAUUAUCUCUGCUGGGCCAAGGCAUUGUGCCUCAUCCUGUCGUGUGACCGCUGUGCCACGCCAUCCGUGCUCUCGUUCGUCCGCCCACCCUGUGCUUGCUGCGGCCACCUCCCUCUCCCCUUCCCGCCUCCCAUCCAUCCUUUGCUUCAGCCAUGCUGUCUCUUUCACUCCGUCCACCUCCUCAGGGCUUCGGAAGGGGGAUGCACCACUGCGAUCUGGAAAUCAGGCGUGCCCCUGGCCCGUGCGGGAACCGCCUUAAUGGUGUCUCCCUCUGUUCUUGUUAACAGGAGGUUCAAGAUGUGAGAGGCGCAGGUUGGGUCAGACGCCUGAGGAAACCUUACAGUAGGAGCCCAGGUCUGAAACCAGUGUUAGGAAGGGCCUAGAGCUGCCCCUUGCACCCAGGCAGGGCCAAAUACAUUGCCAAAGGCCUUGUCUUGCACAUUUUGCCUUACUUUCAUCAUUUGAUUAUGUAGCCAAAUAUAUGGUGUUUAUUUCUCAUUUAGUUUGAUUAUCCAGUGUCACUGGCGACAGAUAGGAACAUAGACUAAGGCCAUUAUUUUACUUGCUUUGUUAUAAUAUCUUUCGCACGGAACCCUUCAUCUGGCCAGAGGUUCCUGAGUUUUGUGUCUGUCUGAGCUGUGCAGGCUGGGACCCCAGAACUCCAGAUUGAUGGAGCCUUGCCCGCAUCACCAUGUCUAGGGUGGAGAGCCACUGGGAGGUGUCAGCACCAGUCAGCAUGGGCAGACCCUAGUGGAGGCUGCCCUGUGCAAGGGGUGGGAGGGGGAUAGGUUCCAGGGGGCCAGGCAGGAGCUUCACCCUUUCCGAGGGUGAGAGCUAGGGUCAGCCUCUCUGGUGAACAAGGCAGGGCCCCCCUGAACUGAGGCAGGCAGAAGUGUGAGGCUAGGGUAGAGUGAGAUGCAGCCCUCGUCCUGAGCUCUCCUCUGCAUCCCAUCACGUCCUUCCCAUCAUUCUCUCUCUCAUCCAUCGUCAUGUGUAUCCAAGACUGUCUCCAUGAUCCCGGAAAAGGACUCUCUCAAGACCAAAGCUUUACUUUAAACUGGGCACCAAGAAGCAAAUCAAAAUGUCUCGUGUUACCCAGUCCUGAAAACACUGUGCACAUCUGUGUCUUGUUUGAAAUAUUGUCCGUUGUCCAAUCCUUUGUUUUUGUUCAAAAUCAAUGUCCUUGGUGCAUGCGCUGUCAGUUCCUGAGAUGCAAAGGCUGAGAAGGAGGAGAUGCCCCCACCCCCAGUGCCUUUGACCAGGUUUCUGAUUAGAGCUGUGAUCCUUUGGCAUGGAACCUUGGUCACAAAGCCAUGGGGGAAUCAACAGAGCCCAAGGGAAUUCAGUUUGCAGCAGUAUGGACCUCCGAGGAUGCAGUCCCUCAAGACUUCUAUAAUUAUUGGUAUCACAGAAUUACAGAGAGUUUUGUUUUCCUGGUGUCAGCACUGUUUGGGGAAUAUCAAGUAAAGAAUUUUCUACUUUUUUUUGGGGGGGGGGUUGAAAGCCCGAUCCAUAAAAGAAUCAAUCCUGGAUGUGAAGAUUCAUUCCCAAUUAAAAUCUAACCUCACCUUUUUCACCACUUGACAAUCCCAUGGCCUCUCACCUUCCACAAUGGCACUAUCAUUCUGUGCUUCCAGGAUGUCGAACAGGCAUUCCUUUUAGAAAAGGAUGCACUGGUUGGGAAAGUAGCUUAAAAUUAAAUCCUGACAUUUAGGGUGUUUUCCCUUUCCUGAGAACAGUGGCUUUCCAGUUUAAAAUUUUUACUUUCUGAAAAGGUCGGCACUGGAGGGGUUUUUGCUUCUUUUGCUUUUCAUUUGGUCUUAUUAAUACUUUUCCCCUCUGGUUAAGAUUCCGGUAAUUUUUUUUAAAUUAAGAAAGUAGGAAAACAAAAAAAGAAAAAGAAGGGCAAAACAGGAAAAUAUAUCCAUUGACAUGCAGAAAGUAUAUUCUAGUAAAAUAUACUAGGAUAACUAAGUAACAUGCAGAAAGUAUAUUCUAGUAAAAUGAUCUGAAAUUGUAGGUGUUCUUAGAUUUAAUAACCUUUGGGUUAUCAGUAACAUGUGUUAAGCAUUUCCAUAAAUAUUCCUUUAAAUUGGAUCUUCAUGGCAGACGGCAAAUCCAUCAACCACAAACUCACAUCCUCAAACCAGCUUUGUUAUAUUGAAAAAAAAAAAAAAAAGACUAUGGAGGGACAUUUAUUAGUUAUAAGAGAUACAGAACUGGUCGCAAAACCCUCUUUUGAAAUUAACCUGUCACUACAGAGCUCCUGAAUUAUCCAUGAAAUGAUGGAAUUUUCAGUGGAAGGGUCAUUUUCCAAGUAAUGAAGAUAUUUUAAAAUCUCAAGGAAAAUUUGAAAGCAUCUUCCUCUGGAACCCAUGAACCAGAGCCAUUCAACCUCUUUCUCCAGUAAAUUCACAGGGCCCUAAAUCUUGACCAUAAUUAAGGAAAGAAUAAUUUCUGUUUCUCCCCCUAGGGGGAAAAAUAGAUAAAAGGAGAAACUGCAGUGAAAAUGAUUUGUGUGACAAUUCCUCUACUAGCAAUCUGCUUCUAGUGGAGACUGACCAGCUAAAGUAAAUAUGCAUUUAAAUAGUCCAUUUGCAAAGGAAAAGGCUCUCCUGAUCUCCCUUUGCUUUCAAAAUACAAGUGCAGUGCAAGAUUUUGAUUAGGGGUCACCCAGCUCUUCCUCCUGGUCCAGUGCUGCCUCUACCUGACCUUCCCUUGAGCUACCUGUAGCCCCUAGGGUGGUCCUCCACCACCAGCCUUUGCAUCAGGACCCAGGCAGGGAAGACUCCAGACUGAGUCUGAAUCUGUGCCUCGUGUUGUUUGCACUGUUCUUUGUCCCGCUCCGGCCAGGUGCUGAGACCCCAGCGAGGAGGCUCAGGAAGAGGCCCUUUGCUUAUCUGCCUGUCCUCCAGAGGAAGGAGGGUCAGCUUUGAGCAGAGGGCCUGAGUAGCAAAAGGUUGCAGUCCCUCCUCUGUGAAGUCCAAGAACUGCCAAGCCUUUUCAUUGGCUCCUUUUUGACCUCUCCCUUUGACUAUUGCCUGGCAUUAGCACCAUGGGAUAUUUGACUGCCAGUGCAUUGCCUUUCCCAGGUGGUGGAGCCUUUUGUAGCUGGAAGAGAAGUGUGGGGGGUCCUGAUCCCUCUACACAUCUCACCUGCCCCAUUCCAAGGGAGCCCCAGCCUGGGGACAUGUUCCCUAGAAACCUUCAAGUUCCCUAAGGAGAUCACUGACAUUGCCAAGUUGAAAAUUCCCACACAAAACUUGUUAUUCUGCAACCUCGCUGGACUCUCAGUCUCUGAGCAGUGAUGGGUUCAGUGUUAAAUGUGAGAAAUACUGUAUUUUGUAUUGUUUAAAUUGCAUCUCCCACAUAAUGUGAAAAUGGUCCAGGAGAAGGCAGCUUCCUGUAUGCAGUGUGCUUUUUUUUUUUUUUUAACAAGUAACAACUCCUUUUGAGAAACAAUUUCUACUUUGAAGUCAUAUCAAUGAAAAAGAUGUAUAUGCACUUAUAAUUUUCCUAAUAAAGACAUGUAUUCAAACGUA